GAAGUCUUUAGAUUGAUGAUGGAGCGCAUCAUUCAGUUGUAGCGUUACUUCAGCUGUAAACAUGUCAAAGUUGAUUGUCAUAUUCCCUUUUUUGAUUUUAUGGUGUAAUAGCACAAUGUCCUCUGAAGUCACUUCUGAAAAAAUGUCGAAUAUACUAAUGGAUCAACCAAAAUCUCAGGAACCUAAUUCGCUGUGGGAUUUAUUCUUUUCUGGUUUUUCAUCGUCUUUCUACGUUAUUAUCAUUUCUGAGCUCGGUGACAAGACAUUUUUCAUCGCUGCCAUUAUGUCUAUGCAGCAUCCACGUACUUUGGUUUACUGUGGAGCAAUGCUAGCCCUUGUCACAAUGACACUAUUAUCAGCACUCCUUGGCUAUGCUACUACUAUCGUACCACGUUUUGUAACUUUCUAUGCAUCUGGUGUUCUAUUUCUUAUAUUUGGUCUCAAGAUGCUCUAUGAAGCAUAUACAAUGUCUUCCAGUUCAGCCAAAGAAGAGUUUGAUGAAGUUCAUUCGCAGCUCACACAGUCCAAAUUGGGUGACGUAGAAGCAGCAUAUACACUACAGGAUGCUUCUCGAGGAUUUUUCGCCAGAAUAUGGCUGGGAACUAAGAAGAUACUCACCCCAGUUUUCGUAGAAGCGUUCAUUCUCACAUUUUUGGCAGAAUGGGGUGAUAGGUCUCAAAUAACCACAAUUGUGCUUGCAGCCACAAAGGUAAGAGAUUUUCUUCUACGUUUGGAGAAAGUCCUCUCUAAUUGUGAUGUAUUGACAAACAGCUAAAAGCGACAAAACACGUAUCAACGAAGAAAAUUUCUUUUUCUUUCUCGUUGAAAAGAAAUACAUCUUCGCCGACAUAUUUCUGGUUCUUAUUCGAGAAUAAGUAGAUAUAUUUUGUCAGUUAAAAAGCGCUUUGGGCGUCAUCGUUGGUGGAGUUCUAGGCCACGCCUUGUGCACAGGUUUUGCUGUUCUAAUGGGUCGUUUUGUUGCUCAGCGCAUUCCUGUACAGUGGAUUACCUUCAUUGGGGGAGUGACAUUCUUAAUAUUUGCUUUCAGCGUAUUUUUCGGAAAUCCAGACUCGAAUUCUUGAAUCCAAUAACGUCCGGUUGAUCCCUUGGUCAUCGGCCUCCCAUAAGCUUUCUGUAAUUACAUUAUGUUUCAAGUCUUCAUGUCUCGGUGUUAGUCGUUUUGCAGCAUAUUUUUGACUUCUUGGCACUUUUGAGAUGACAUUUUUCUACAGGUUGACUUUAGAUUUUACACACUUAUUUUGCACCACCUUUCAUUCCUGUUUUAUUUCUGUUUUUACACUACAGAAUGUAGAAUUUCUUUAUUUGUCUUACGUUUUUGCUGCAUACUUCCGUGUGUACGCAAACGGAUUGUGAUCAUGUAGGUGGAGAACAAAGUUCGUCUGUUGCUUUGCUCACAUUCAUUUUUAAAAUCUAGUCUUCACUAGUAUACUUCAUAAUUUCGUCAAUAUUUUAACCCAUGUUCAUUGUAUCAUAUCCAAAUCAUUGUUUUCUUGUUUCAUAUUACUUAUGUGAGUACUCUGUUUAUGACAGUUGAUUACUUUUGCGGAAAAUCAAUCGCUAUAUAUAUAUAU